AUGGAACCGCACCGCUCAAACGGCGUCCACGUGCUAACCCCAGAUCGCGAUCCCGAGACCCCCGCUGCCGGCGCCGGCAAACGCAAUGCGACGCCGUUCAAGAUCUUCAUAGGCUAUGACCCGCGCGAGGAUCUGGCCUACGAGGUUUGUCGCCAUUCCCUACUUAAAAGAUCUUCGGUUCCAAUUGAGAUUAUCCCGAUCAAACAACAGGAAUUGCGCGAUAAGGGCCUUUACUGGCGUGAGAGGGGGAAACUGGAGAGCACUGAGUUUUCCUUCUCCCGUUUUCUAACCCCUUGCUUAGCUAAUUACGAGGGCUGGGCCAUGUUCGUGGACUGCGAUUUCCUCUACCUGAACGACAUCAAGGAAUUAGUCGAUUUAAUCGACGAGAAAUACGCUGUGAUGUGUGUGCAGCACGAUUACACGCCUAAAGAGACUACAAAAAUGGACGGGGCCGUUCAGACUGUGUACCCUAGGAAGAAUUGGUCAUCCAUGGUUUUGUACAACUGUGGGCACGCGAAAAAUCGUGUGUUGACGCCUGAGGUUGUGAAUAAGGAGAGUGGGGCAUUUUUGCAUAGGUUUCAAUGGCUCGAGGAUGGUGAGAUUGGGGAAAUUCCCUUUGUGUGGAAUUUUCUAGUGGGCCACAAUAAGGUUGUUGAUGGGGAUAAGAACACGUACCCGAGGGCCAUACAUUACACACUGGGUGGGCCGUGGUUCGAGCAGUGGAAGGAUUGUGAGUUUGGGGAUUUGUGGUUGAGUGAGCUGGAGGAGUACAACAAGGGUGCGGAGAAGAAGGUGGAUUAG